AUGGGAAUAAGUCUUUCAAAAUUUCGUUCAUCUACUAAGUCAAAAUAUCUCCAAAUUAAACGUUCAGCCAGUUCAAUCAAUUUAAGGAAUUCUACUCUAGCUGCAAAAUUAUUUUGUGAUGAUUUUAAAUUUUUAAAUGGUAGAAGAUAUCAUAAUGUAGAAAAUAUUCAUUAUUUUUUUCCAAAUGAUGAUCAGGAAAUAGAUAGAUUACAAUUACAACAUUAUAUGAUGAGAUUUAUUUGGCGCUCGAAUUUUUCUUCUCCUAUGCGUGAUCUUCUAGAAGAAGGUUAUGCUCAGGUUCUCGAUGUUGGGUGUGGACCAGCAACAUGGCUUUUAGAAAUGGCAUCUGACUUUCCGAAAUGCGAAUUUACAGGUGUUGAUGUUGUGCCAGUAAUGCCAUUAACAAUUAAGCCUCAAAAUAUAAAUUUUGUAGAAGCAAAUUUGCUAAAUGGACUUCCAUUUCCAGACGAUCAUUUUGAUUUUACUUAUAUAAGAUUUCUCAAUUGUGCAUUGCCUUCUGAUCUUUGGACGACUCAUGCUAUCCCAGAACUAAUUCGUGUGACAAAGCCGGGUGGAUAUGUAGAAAUAAUGGAAUGGGAGACAAAAAUUCAUAAUCAAGGUCCAAUUACCGAACGACUCAUGGAUGCACUCAUUAGAGACUUAAGAUCUCAUGAUGUAGACGACAGAAUACCCGAAAAAAUGGUUUCUUAUCUACAAGACUCUGGAAAACUAAAAAAUAUUAACAUGACCAUACUU